AUCAAGGUCUGAAUCCUUUACUCAUACUUCUUUCAUUUGUUUUUUUUUCUUUUGUGUGUGUUUUCUUAAUUAAUUGUCAUAUAACGUUUUAGACCAUUUACGAGUUUAUUUUAAUUUCGCAUCGCAUUCCUUUUGCUAACAAAUAUCCUUCUAUUGCUUUAGCGAAUUAUCCCUACGGUUUAAUCUUGUAUAUACAUAUCUAUAUAUACUUUUUUAUAUAUACAUAGAUAAAGGGCAAACUCGGUUUAUUUUUUUCUUUUGUUCGUUCGUUCGUUAUUAACCUCGUUGAUUGAUUGAUAAUAGACAUUUUGUUAAAGGUUAUUCAGUAUGUCGUCCGAUUCAAGUUUUUCCUCUCUUCAUAAGACAGAGACUCAAGCUAUCCAGGAUAACAAGUCGUUUAGCGAUACCCACUCCAACAAAGUUGCUAGUUCAUCGAGUUCGUCUCAACGUUCGGAAGACUUAAAAGAUGAUAAGAAGGAUGUCUUUGACUCUUCAUCAGAAUUGGAGAAAGGAUCCAAUCAUUCGACUAGUGAAUGGAAAAAAUUCUUUGAAGUCUUCAUUUGUGGUGUUGCCUUGAUUUCCGAUGGCUAUUGCUCCAAUUCUAUCGGAACCGUCAUGACAAUUCUGAAAAAACUUUACCCCAAAGAGACUACCACAAAUAAGUCCAUGCAAGAUGUCGGUAUGAUUGCUUAUGUCGGUACUGUUAUUGGACAAUUAUCGUUUGGUUGGUACUCUGACUUCUUUGGUCGUAAGAAUGGUAUGAUUACUGCUACUCUUAUUCUGUUGAUAUCUACUGCUCUUUGCUCUGGUGCUUAUGGAUACCACGGAAGUAUCAAUGGCAUGAUUUCUGCUUUGAUUGCCUAUCGAUUUUUCCUUGGUAUCGGCUUAGGAGCUGAAUACCCUUGUGGUUCCGUGGCUGCUUCCGAAAAUUCAAACCAAAUGAAAUCUGGUAGACGCCAUGGUUCUUUUAUUUUUGUAACCGGUUCUGCAAUUGACAUGGGUUUUGUUUUAGGUGCCUUCGUUCCGUUCGUUUUAGUAUGCAUUUUCGGCGAUCAUCAUCUUCGUGCUGUCUGGCGUUUGUCGAUCGGUUUAGGUUGUGUCAUUCCUCUUCUUCUUUUGGCUUUCCGUUUGCCGAUGAAGGAAAAUGGUAUCUUCCUGAAAUCUCGCAUUCCCUAUUCUAAGAUUCCAUGGCGUGUCGUCUUACGUCUCUACGGUGUUCGCUUUGCUGUGAUUUGUCUCGUCUGGUUCAUUUACGACUUGUCUGCGUACGCAUUUAGUUUGUAUUCCAGUACUAUCGUAAGUGGUAUUCUUCCUCCUAAUGCAUCCAUGGCUAAAAGCUUUGGAUGGAAUACUCUUAUUAACACUUUUUACCUUCCUGGUUCUUGGUUAGGUUGUAUUUUCUCCGACAUUAUUGGUCCUAAGUGGUGUUUGGUUUCUGGUUUAAUCUUACAGGGUACGAUCGGUUUCUUUAUGUCUGGUUUCUACAAUCAACUCGUUCACCGUAUUGCUGGCUUCUGUGUUAUCUAUGGUGUCUUCUUGUCAUUGGGUGAGUACGGUGCCGGAGGUAACAUUGGAUUAAUAGCUUCCAAGACUUCUCCUACUGCUGUCCGUGGUAUCUAUUAUGGUCUUGCGGCAGCCAUUGGAAAAUGUGGUGCUAUUGCUGGUGUUUAUGCAUUUGGCGGUGAUCAAAUUCAAAUUUACUUUUAUGCUGCUAGUGGAAUGGCCAUCUUUGUUGCCAUCUUAUCAUUUUUCUUCCUUCCUCAUAUCAGUCAAACUUGCAUUGAGGAUGAAGAUCAACGCUUUAUUCAAGCCUGUAUCGAUUCCGGCUAUGGAAAUCCUUAUGACCAUGAAGAAACUGUACUUGCCAAAGCCUAAGUUUCGUUAUCUUGAUUUUUACGUUUGCGAUGUUGGAAUAAGUGAUGAAUGAACAUAUAACGCGAAAAAACUACUAACUUAUAUUUAAUUUUUAAAUUAUUGCAAUGACUUCCCCUAUAUACAUAUUUGCUUUUUCAAACAAUCAAAAAAAAAAGCGCUUUUAUUUUUUGACUCUUGAGUUCAACCUCAGGAAAUCUUCCUUGGUUUUUGGAUGUUGAUAUUCUUCGAGUAGACGGCAUCUCGGCCUAAGGUAUAUUUUCUGCGCCAACUCAACUUUGGCUUUUCUUUUUUUCUUAAAAAGAAGAAUAAGAACAACCAGAAAAAAUUACAAAAGGAACACCGAUCUAAUGAUUUUUGAUCUCCUCCAGAAAUUAUAUUUCGUUGUCUCAGACUAAUUUAGACAGGUUUUUUGGGUAGAAUGGUUUUAACCUACAUCGAAUUGUCUAUAGAAAAAAAAGGGUAUAUAGAUUAUAGAAUUGUGUUUGGCAACUUGUAUAUAGUUAAUAUUAUGUUAUAUAUAUUUAAUUGAAAAUGGA